AUGCAUGAACAAUCGACAGCUGCAAAAGAAAAAGAAAUUUCUAGUCAAAAUGAUGAAGCAACACCUAUACUACAUACAUAUGAUAAUAAUCAAGAAAAAUGGUAUACUACAGCAAGUCAACUUGUUUUUCCUUUUAUGAUUGCUGGGUUUGGUAUGAUUGUUGCCGGACUCCUACUUGAACGUGCGAAGGAAUUGAAAGUAUUUCGAGAAAUAACAGCAAUUUAUAUACUUGUUCCAGCUUUACUUGAUUUAAAAGGCAAUUUAGAAAUGACAUUAGCUUCUCGUCUAUCUACACAAGCAAAUAUUGGAAAUAUGGAUGAAAAAAGUAAAUUUAAAAGUUUAUUUAUUGGUAAUAUAGUUUUAAUACAAUUACAAGCUAUUGUUAUUGGUUUUCUUGCUGCUAUUGUAUCAAUUCUUAUAAGUUGGUUAUCACAAGAUCAUUUUAAUAUUCGAUAUGCUCUUGUUUUAUGUAGUAGUAGUGUUUUAACAGCAGCAGUUGCUUCAACAGGAUUGGGUUUAAUUAUGAUAAUAGUUGUCGUCUUAUCUCAUCAAUGUAAAAUAAAUCCAGAUAAUAUUGCUACACCAGUAGCUGCAGCACUUGGUGAUAUUACAACUCUUGUUAUUCUAGCUGGUGUUAGUAGUUUUUUAUUUGGAAUCAUCAAUAAUUAUCCAUGGUUACCAAUAAUGAUAGUGCUAUUUUUUUUAACUCUAAUACCAAUUUGGAUAAUGAUUAGUGCUCAAAAUGAAUAUGUUCAAGAUGUACUUAUUCAUGGAUGGUCACCAAUAAUAAUUGCAAUGUUUAUAUCAAGUAUGAGUGGUUUAAUUCUUGAUUUUGCUGUUCAAACACUUCAUGGUAUAAUCGUUUUUCAACCUGUGAUGAAUGGUGUAUGUGGCAGUCUAGUAACUGUACAAACUAGUCGACUAUCUACUGCUCUUCAUCAACAAGGUAAACCAGGAGAAUUUCAAAAUGAUGAACAAUAUAAUGCUUCGACACAUUGUCCAAAUCCAUAUAAAUUGUUUUGUUCCAGAAAUGGUGCUUCAUGUACAGUACGUCUUUUAUUAUUCAUGUCCAUACCAGGUCAUUUAACAUGUCUGUUUAUUAUUUGGCAAUUGGCUGCUAAUCAUAUUCAAUUUUCAAUUCUUUUUAUUUUUCUCUAUCUUAUCGCAGCACUUAUUCAAGUGGCUAUUCUACUUUAUAUUGCUCAAUGGAUAGUACCAUUCGUUUGGCGACAACAUGGAGAUCCAGAUAAUAUAUGCAUACCAUAUUUAACGUCUAGCGGAGAUCUUUUGGGUACCGCUCUUCUUACAUGUGUCUUUCUACUGCUUGCAUAA